AGUGGACGCGGCCCCCCCGCCCCCGCCUCUGCCUCCCCCGCGCGGCGCCGCCCGCCAGCCGCUGGCCGUCAGGACCCGAGCCCCGACGCUCGCGGCGCCGACCCGCGAUGGCCAAGCGCAGCUCGCUGUCCAUCCGCAUCGUGGAGGGGAAGAACCUGCCGGCCAAGGACAUCAAUGGCAGCAGUGACCCCUACUGCGUGGUGAAGGUGGACCUUGAGCCCAUCAUCAGGACGGCCACGGUCUGGAAGACCCUGUGCCCCUUCUGGGGGGAGGAGUACGAGGUGAACCUGCCGCCCUCCUUCCACGAGGUGGCCUUCUACGUCCUGGACGAGGAUGCCCUCAGCCGGGAUGACGUCAUCGGGAAGGUCUGCCUUACCAGGGAGACCCUGGCUGCUCACCCCAAGGGUUUCUGCGGGUGGGCUCACCUGACGGAGGUGGACCCCGACGAGGAGGUGAAGGGCGAGAUCCACCUGAGGCUGGAGGUGCUGCCCGCACCCCGCGGCCGGCUGCGCUGCUGCGUGCUGGAGGCCAGGGACCUGGCAUCCAGGGACCGCAACGGUGCGUCCGACCCCUUUGUCCGCGUGCGCUACAACGGCCGGACGCAGGAGACCUCGGUUGUCAAGAAAUCUCGCUACCCGCGCUGGAACGAGACGUUCGAGUUUGAGCUGGAGGAAGGGGCCACAGAUGCACUGUGCGUGGAGGCCUGGGACUGGGACCUGGUCAGCCGGAAUGACUUCCUGGGCAGGGUGGAGGUCAGUGUGCAGAACCUGAGGCUGGCCCAGCACCAGGAGGGCUGGUUUCUGCUGCAGCCAGACCGGUCCAAGAGCCAGCGGCAGGAGGACAACCUGGGCUCCUUGCAGCUGGAGGUGCGUCUGCGGGACGAGACGGUGCUGCCCUCUGCCUGCUACCAGCCCCUGGUGCAGCUGCUGUGCCAGGAGGUGAAGCUGGGCACAGAGGACCCGGGACAGCUGAUCCCCCUUCUGGAGGAGCUGACCAGUGCUGAGUGCCGCCAGGAAGUGGCCACCAACCUGCUCAAGCUUUUCCUGGGCCAGGGACUGGCCACAGACUUUCUGGACCUUCUCUUCCAGCUAGAGCUCAGCCGCACCAGUGAGACCAACACCCUGUUCCGGAGCAACUCUCUGGCCUCGAAAUCCACAGAGUCUCUCCUGAAGGUGGCCGGGCUGCGGUACCUGCACGGAGUCCUGGGCCCCAUCAUCGACAAGGUGUUUGAGGAGAAGAAGUACGUGGAGCUGGACCCGAGCAAAGUGGAGGUCAAGGACGUCGGGUGCUCGGGGCUGCACCGUCCACCCACCGAGGCCGAAGUGCUGGAGCAGAGCGCGCACACGCUGCGCGGCCACCUGGGGGCGCUGCUGAGCGCCAUCAGCCGCUCGGUGCGCGCCUGCCCGGCCGUGCUCCGCGCCACUUUCCGCCAGCUCUUCGUGCGCGUGCGCGAGCGCUUCCCGGGCGAGCAGCACAAGAACGUGCCCUUCAUCGCCGUCACCAGCUUUCUGUGCCUGCGCUUCUUCUCUCCCGCCAUCCUGGCGCCCAAGCUCUUCCACCUGCGGGAGCGGCACGCGGACUCCCGCACCAGCCGCACCCUGCUCCUGCUGGCCAAGGCAGUGCAGAACGUAGGCAACAUGGACACACUAGCUUCCAGGACCAAAGAGGCUUGGAUGGAGCCACUGCAGCCCAUCGUGCGCCAGGGGGUGGCCCAGUUGAAGGACUUCAUCACCAAGCUGGUGGACAUCCAGGAGAAGGAGGAGCUGGACCUGCAGCGGUCACUGAGCUUGCAGGCGCUUCCAGUGAAGGAGGGGCCCCUCUUCAUCCACAGGACCAAGGGCAAGGGCCCCCUCAUGUCCUCCUCCUUUAAGAAGCUCUACUUCUCCCUCACCCCGGAAGCCCUCAGUUUUGCCAAGACGCCCAACUCCAAGGUGGCCUCCACUAGGACCCCAGCCCGCCUCCCCUGGCCACCCCAGAAGAUCGCCCUCAUCAAGCUGGCCAACAUCCGGGCCGCAGAGAAGGUGGAGGAGAAGAGCUUCGGCAGCGCCCUGGUCAUGCAGGUCAUCUACACCGAUGACGCCGGCCAGCCCCAGACGGCAUACCUGCAGUGCAAGUGCAUGAACGAGCUGAACCAGUGGCUGUCGGCGCUUCGCAAGGGGAGCAUCAACAACCCGGGGCUGCUGGGCUGCUACCAUCCCGGCGUCUUCCGCGGGGACAAGUGGAGCUGCUGCCAGCAGCGCGACAGGACAGACCUGGGCUGCGAUCGGACCCGCUCUCGGGUCACACUGCGGGAGUGGAGUGACCCCCUGGACCCCGACCUGGAGGCCCAGCUCGUCUACCGCCACCUGCUGGGCCUGGAGCCCCAUGUGCUGGAGAGGCAUCGGAGGCUGAGUGAGGGCGCAGAGCUCACAGCCGCUGGUGCAGCCCGCAGAGCCCCGCUGGCCCAGCUGCUGCAGGUGCUGCAGGAACUCCGCCAGGCCCACAGCACUGUCGCCGAGGGGCGCCCCGCCUCGGAGCCGCAGACGUGAGCCCCCCGAUUCUGGGACGCUGCUGAUUCUCACUGCAGGCCGAGGCAAGAGACCAGGGUUCCCGGCGGUGAGAGUGCUUCGGGCGCCUCUCCAUGACCUGCUCACUGCCCCACACAGUCCCUCAGGGACACAGCGACACCGAGGGCGGACACAGGCCAAGGGGGCGGGCCCCCACCAGGCCCAGCCCUCCCGCACACCCGUCUCUGCUCCUGGAAGUGCUUUCAGGGACAAUAAACCUGUG